GGCUUUAAGAGUAUUUUCUCUUUUGUCCUGAACAUUUGGAUAUAGCUUAAGGAAAAUCAGUAAUCUUCUUUGAGGAACUUGAUGAUAUCAAGAGAUGGAAUUCAUUCUUAACUUGACAAAAGUGAGAAAAGAUACACUAAUUGAGAAUCUGGAGUUUGGCCAGUCUUGCUCUGGGCCCAAGCCUCAGUACAUGUGGGUGCCCGGCCAGCUACAGGCCAUGGGUGAAGUGGGCACCAUAAGGCGUAACCGACCCUUCCCUGGGGCGCCACGGCGGCGCUGGUGGAAGCAGCAACAUCAGCGACAGCGACAGCCACUCUGGUGGCCAGGCUGUGGUGACAGUGAAGGCAAGGUCGAUGGCCACACCUCCAUGGGCCUAGCUGGGCUUCGGAAGAACGUGCUUGCUAGGCAGUCAAAAAUUGACACCAACAUGAGUCCUAAGAAAUGCUCUGAAGUGCGUUCCCCACCUCAGGAAGACACAGUUGCAUGUCACAGGGUCAAAUGCCUGAGAGAACCAUUAGCUGGAAUCUAUAGGAAGGGAGGAAAGAAAAGAAAUGCUGGGAAUGUGACCCGAAGUGCCGUGAAAUCCAAUAAGCAGAAGAUCAAAAAUGCCAAGAGAGGUUCCCUGCGACUUUUUCUGAAUAAAAAAUUGAAAGCAGCAGAACCUCCAAAACUUCCAUUCCCAUCAUGUCGUUCUACCAAGGCAGUGGUUGCAAAGCUGGCCCUGAAAAAGUCCCUCAAGAUCAAGCAGUCUUCUAGGAAAAAGUUUCAAGGGAAAAGGCAACAGAAUAAAAAACUUAAAGCUUUCUACCAGGUCCGAAGGAGCUCCAGGAAGAGCAAAGCUGAGCUGCAGUCUGAAGAAAGGAGACAAAUAGAUGAGCUAGUUGAGAGCGGGAAGGAAGAAGGCAUGAAGAUUGAUCUCAUUGAUGGCAAAGGCAGGGGUGUGAUUACCACCAAGCGGUUCUCCCGGGGAGAUUUCAUAGUAGAAUACUAUGGAGACCUCAUUGAUAUAACCGAUGCCAAGAAGCGGGAGGCUCGGUAUGCACAAGACCCCUCCACAGGCUGCUACAUGUACUAUUUUCAAUAUCUGAACAAAACCUACUGUGUGGAUGCCACUCGAGAAACAAAUCGCCUGGGGAGGCUGAUCAAUCACAGUAAGUGUGGGAAUUGCCAAACUAAGCUACAUGACAUCAGUGGCGUGCCUCACCUCAUCCUCAUCGCCUCCAGAGACAUUGCAGCUGGGGAGGAGCUCCUGUACGACUAUGGCGACCGUAGCAAGGCCUCCAUCAAAGCCUUCCCUUGGCUGAAGUAUUAACCAUGCUGCCUCCCAGCCUCCUGCCACCCUGCCUUCUUCAAAGGACAAAGUGCGCUCAAAGGGAAAUGAUU